GUUUCCUCCCUCUUCCUCCUCCUCUCUCUACUAGAUAAGAAUGACAUACGGUCAAUGACUACAUUCCUGUGCCUCUGUAUCACAUCUAUGAGGAGGAAGUCAUUGUGAGGAAAUCCUGCGGACUUAUUAAACGAGACUGAGACUCCACGUCUUACUCCUUACCAGCCUUAUUGAAUACAGCGUCAAGUCGAAAUAGGUGCAAUGUACUACAGCAACGGAAAUUACGAGGCAUUCGCGAAGCCAAGGAAGCCAGCCGGUGUCGAUGACAAGACCGCAUGGUUUGUUGGGUCUGGGAUUGCCUCAUUAGCAGGGGCAGCAUUUCUUAUCCGAGAUGGCCAAAUGGCUGGGAACAAAAUAACUAUCCUUGAGGAGCAAGACAUCGCCGGUGGGGCUCUUGACGGAAUCAAGGAGCCCGAAAAGGGUUUUAUCAUUCGAGGUGGCCGGGAACUGGAGUCCAACUACGAAUGUCUCUGGGAGCUUUUUCGCUCAAUACCUUCUCUGGAGAUACCAGACGCUUCUGUCCUCGAUGAGUUCUACUGGCUGAACAAGGACGAUCCUAAUUAUUCCUUGCAGCGAGCCACAGUCAAACAAGGCCAAGAUGCUCAUACGGACCGCAAAUUCAAUCUCAGUGACAAGGCACAAAAGCAGCUCAUCAAAAUGUUCCUCGCCACCCGGGAAGAAAUGGAGGGCAAACGAAUCAACGAAGUUUUCGACAAAGAGAUCCUACAGAGUAACUUCUGGCUGUACUGGAGAACGAUGUUCGCAUUCCAAGAAUGGCAUUCGGCACUUGAAAUGAAACUCUACCUACAUCGAUUCAUCCACCAUAUCCAUGGCAUGCCAGAUCUCUCAACUUUGAAAUUCACCAAAUACAAUCAGUAUGAAUCCUUCGUUUUACCACUGCAAAAGUGGCUCAUGGACCGGGGCGUGGAGUUUCAGUAUGCUACCACGGUUCAAGACGUCGACUUCACCUUUCAGAAUAACAAGAAACAGGCGACAAGGAUUCGUUGGACCCGAAACGGCCAAGAUGGUGGCGUCGACCUGGGUCCCAACGAUUUGGUUUUCAUGACAAUUGGAUCCUUGACGGAAUCGUCGGACAAUGGCGAUCAGCACACAAGGGCAGCUCUAUUAGAUGGUCCAGCGCCAGCAUGGGAUCUUUGGAGACGUAUCGCAGCUAAACAUUCUUCUUUCGGCCGGCCAGAUGUGUUUGGGUCCCAUAUCCCGGAGACAAAGUGGGAAUCGGCGACUGUCACAACACUGGACGCCAGAAUCCCUAAGCUCAUCCAAAAGAUCUGUAAGAGAGAUCCCUUUAGCGGCAAAGUUGUCACCGGCGGAAUCGUCACUGCAAGAGACUCAAAGUGGCUCAUGAGCUGGACCGUCAAUCGGCAACCUCACUUUAAGAACCAACCAAAAGAUCAAAUCGUAGUAUGGGUCUACGGCCUCUUCGUCGACAUUCCCGGCGAUUUCGUCAAGAAGCCCCUCCAGGACUGCACUGGCGAGGAGAUCACUCAAGAAUGGCUGUACCACAUCGGCGCUCCAGUGGAGGAUAUUCCCGACCUUGCCGCUAAUGGUGCCAAGUGCGUCCCGGUCAUGAUGCCAUAUGUAACGGCAUUCUUUAUGCCGCGCCGCGCCGGCGAUCGCCCUGACGUGGUCCCGCAAGGAGCCACGAACUUCGCCUUCAUCGGCCAAUUCGCCGAGUCUGGACGAGACUGCAUCUUCACGACUGAGUAUGCGAUCAGGACCGGUAUGGAAGCAGUAUACCAGCUCCUUGGUGUCGACCGCGCAGUGCCAGAGGUGUAUAGCUCGACCUACGACGUGCGUAUCUUGUUGAAGGCGAUUCACCACAUCCGCGAUGGCAAAAAGUUUGCUAUUCAUCUUCCGGGCGGAGUCCGAAAAUGGUUACUCCACAAGCUGGACCAGAAUGAAGUUGGAAAGCUUAUGGAAGAGUAUGAAUUAGUGUAAAGAUAUAAAGGCUGGAAGGAUGAGCACUGGGUUUCAGCAAUGCCAUUUCAUUCCCCAAGGCUGAUAGGUGAUACCACCGAGUCAUUGUCUCCGGAAAAGUGCAUACCAAAGCCUAUAGACUAUGGGCAGCCUCUCAUUGUACAAAUACUGGCUCAAGAUUACCUCCCCAAUCUCAGGCUACGGCAGCUGCUUCGUAUAACCAACAAUGCAAGAGUCGUCAGUUAGAGACAAAAUAGGGUCAUGAUAAAGGAGUUACUACAAUGGAACCACUGCACCUACACUUAUCUUUUCAUGCAGCUGCAUAUUAAACCGACUUCUCAAAGGGACCAAAGAUAGGAAAUCAAAUCGACAGGUACUGAUCCCAACGUGACGCAUUUAUAAUUGACAGCUUCUAUCUACCCUCUGCACGCCGACUAGCCUGGCCAGCUACACCACAUACGUCCCCUUUAAUCAUCAAGAGUGUAAAGCCAUACGUCGAAGGCAUCCCGGGGUAUGUUUACUCAACCUAAACGCUGAAACUACUCGUGAGUCUGUUUGUGGCGAUUCGAUAGGGAUCAAAGUAAUUUCCUGGCACUUUAUGGCUAAGGAAUUGGUAGAUAAUCAAUGCUAGUAGAGCUAAUUAC